CACCUCCGACAUAGCAACACCAAUAACAAUUGUCAGCUCUUCCACCUCAAUAUGGACGUCACAGCACCGACGCUGCUAAAUAUAAGCUGAAUAUCUUUAUCUUAAGCUUUCAUGCAAGCAAAGGAACGGACAGUGGCAGACUUUGAAAAUCGGAAGCUGUUAAGUUGGCUGUGCAACACUAAAAGGAGCUGUCACUGAGGCUGACUGUCUGAAUUCUUUAUGUUAGAUUGACCAAUUUUUUGAAUAAUUUUCGUGCCACCAUGUUGAAAUCAAUUCUUAUAAUGUCAGUACUACUUUCUCUGAUGAUUCCAAAUAUGGUUCUAUGCAGAAAUCGGCCUGAAACUUUAAACUCAGUAUUCCUUUCCAAUGAUUACGAAACUGAAGAUAAAAAAUUAUCUGCCUACGACGACGGCACAUUUCGCAGUGACUUUGAUGACAGCGGGGGUGUUACUGGCGAAGGGUCUAAAACUAAACAACUUCUAUAUAAAAUUCAAAAUGAUAUUAACAGCAACGACGUCGAAGAGAACUUGGGUAAGAACAACGACGAAUACUACUAUAAUAAUGAUAAUGGUAAUAUUGCUACGAAGAAUGAUGGCGAGAAGAAAUUGAAGCUGUUAACAUUGUAUCCAACUUUGCAGAAAAGACAAGACACAUCCACGAACAAAGAUCUUUACAGCAUCACAAAAGACGACUAUGAUAACGAACCCUUUUUUGACCCAGUGUGUAGGUGCUGGAUCACUAAUAAUGAUAGGCAUAUGAUGAACAGGCGUCAGGGUUACUCGAUCAACGCACCGCUCACGGCAAUCGCAAGAAUUCUGGAAGAGUCGCGAAAACGCAUGGAGAAAAAUAAAAUCAGGGAAAAACUUUUGGACAUCGGCCGGAAAUAAGAAAAUA